AUUUAGAUAAUCUUCGUCUGUUUAUGAACUGUGGCAUGGAUUAAAGGAGGUUUUCAGUUAGCUUCUUUCAUUGGGUAUAUUUAGAACAAUGCACUACUAAUCAUCCGUGACCUUUUGAAAAGUUUACUUAGCCAAUAAAAUCUUUUAACACUCUCUUAAAUCCUUGCGCAACAGACAAAAUUCCAAUAAAUUUCCCGCAAAGUGCCUUUAUUCCCAUCGCUCUUACAGAGCAUCGACGACACGUCAGCGGUUGGAAGAGAAAAUCCGAGACGCAAAUAUACUUGGCAACCUGUCAGCAGAUAAAAACUCAUUGAAAUUUGAUCUACAAAAACGCUUAGGUGUCAACACUCAUUUUGUCGGUCAUGGGCGGUUGGUUUUAUGUGCUGGAAUGCUUGGCAUGUAAGCUUAAGCUCCACCUUGUUCAACUUUAAAGUUAAAAAAAAAGCGUUUAUGAAAUCGAUAGAGCAACCAGUCAAUCGUGUGAUGCAGAGAACAUAUCGGAUUACUUUUACUUUCAAAAGAUUCGAGAAAUCGAAAUAAAAUUUCAAUCCUCACGGUUAGAUUGUUUGAUAGCUUCAUAAUCGUUUCCGGUCCAGUGAAGGAUUUUGCGGUCAAAGAUACUCUUCUAUACGUCCGUGCCGCUACUUGCUCAUUGGUCAGUAAAUGAAAGACAGGAAGCUGUCACAAUGCACGUUGCCUAGCGUAAGUGGAAAAUCUACCCAGCAACGUAGAGACGUCGGUGUGCAUAUGCCUAAUGACGGGUUGUCAAUUAUAAAUUUACAAAAUCCCAGAUCUCUGGUUCUUUCUGCGCCUAACCUGGCGCAAGUACAUUAGAAAGCGGAGCUGAAUUGCGCCGGGGGUCAGUCGCGAAGAGGCCACACGCAAUAGGUAGAGAUUCAGCGGCAUUCCUUCCAUCCAGUGAAGUAUCUGCUGCUGUAAUCAAAGCCUACGACUGCAAACUGGCUUACUUUAUAUCCCCGGCGCUGUCCAUAUCAGCGUAGCGCUUUGACUUCCGCUGUCAGCAUCGAAUCUAGCAUGGAACUGUUGUGCUGCGAGGGACCUCGAGUUCGGUACGCAUACCAAGAUCCAAUUCUCCUUCAAGAUGAUCGUGUUCUGCGUAAUUUACUGACUUGCGAAGACAAAUACAUUCCCAGCUGUAGAUACUUCAACAUUGUACAGAAGGAGAUUGAGCCUCGCAUGAGGCGAAUGGUUACGACAUGGAUGCUAGAGGUAAAUAAGAACACGUAUUUCCUUCGUUAAUGCUUAUUUUCCCUUGCUGAACUGCGAUGUGAUGAUGGUGCUAAGAUUUGUCUCAAUUAUGAAUUUUCCAGGUGUGCGAGGAGCAAUUGUGCGAAGAAGAGGUCUUUCCAUUGGCAGUGAACUAUUUAGACCGAUUUUUAUCGGUCGUACCAACAAGAAAAUGCCAGCUUCAACUGCUUGGCGCUGUGUGCAUGUUUAUUGCAAGCAAACUUAAAGAGACAUCACCGCUAUCGGCUGAAAAGCUGUGUAUUUAUACAGAUAAUUCCAUCACUUGUCAGGAAUUACUGGUAAGUAUACGAUAUGAAAUACCGCUUUAGGAAUAUGUUCAUUCAUUCCUUCUCCAAUGUUCGUGUGCUUGCGGUCUGGCAGCUGAUUUCAACGAGUUGUCAAUCUAUCUCCGGCUAAGUGUAUUUCCUACUAAUUCCCAGAAAACGCGAUUUUCGUCAUUCUUUUAAGCUAACCUUUUUCCUCUCUUUAUCUUAUUCGUAUAGGAUUGGGAAAUUUUAGUUCUUGGGAAACUUAAAUGGGACUUGUCAGCCGUUACUCCUUACGAUUUUCUAGAGCAGAUUUUUAACCGCCUCUCCCUACCCAAUGAAAGCGUGAUCCGAAAGCAUGCGGCGACUUUCAUCGCUUUAUGCUGUACUGGUAAGACGAGCUUCCUAUCUAUUUACCUUACAAAGAUAAGGGUUAUAUCUCGGUCUUCAAGACUGUCUGCGUCUGCCCAUCAAACCUUAACUACUUUAAAAUGCAUGCCACACUGAAUUAAUCUAUUUUAGCCCCUUUUUCUUGUUAUUUUCCACUUAUCUUCUUCAUUGUAUUUUGACUAUAUUAUAUUUUUAAACAUCACUAAAUGCCUUUUUUUUAAUUCUCUUAAAUUCCGCCUUUAUUGUUUUUCAGAUGAGAAGUUUCUUAUGUACCCGCCUUCCACUUUGGCUGCGUCUUCUAUUUGCGCGGCUUUUGCUGGUCUCGCUACAACAGAACAAAAAAGCUUGUGGACAAGCGGAGAACUUGAAUCAUUCCUACAAGGACUCACAAAUAUCGAACCGGUAAGGAUGAAAUAAAAUUUAAAAAAAAACAUUCUAAGUUAAAAAGUGUUUGGAAUGACUGGUCAGUUGUGCCGUGCAAAUAAAGUUUUGCAAAGAGCAAAUAAGGAAAAAGCCUUGCGCAAACUUUGAUAAAACGCGUGGUUUUUUCACACAUUUAUCUCUUGUUUAAAGACUCCUUUUUUUUCCUUUUUUUGCACCAAGAGGCCCGCCUUUUGGUCAUUUGAUAUGUAAUCAGCAAGAAAAAAAAAACAAUCUUACUUAAAAUAGAACUUUUCUUUACAAUGAAAAAAAAAAAAACCUCUCAAACAAACAAACUGAAAUUGGUCUAUUUUGGGAUUUUCUUGUUUCAGGAAUACCUGCAAUCGUGCCAAAGACUAAUGGAAGAAGUACUUCAUUUUAAUGUCACGGAAACUCCAUCUGAUAAGAUCGAAAACGGAAGCACGCCAAGUACGCCAACAGAUUUACAGGAAAUCCAUUUUUGACAGAGGCGUUUAGUAGACUGUCAUAGAACCGUCCGUGUGUGUGUCAACCUAUCUAUCGUGUGUAAAUACUGUAAUAAAGGACUAGAAUUUUCUCAAAUUGCUGUCGUCUUUUUCCAAGUGUGUAGCUUGCCAGCACCCGUUUUGUUUUUUACGCAAAAAGCGCGCGAGAGAACGCGCUGCGGUUUCCUUUCUUUUUAAUGAGCACGCACCGACAAUUAGAAGUGACGUCUUUGUUCAAAGAAUGCGUUUACCUUAAGAGAGCAAAUGGAAUUAGGGCCCACCGAAGAGUGAAAGGCAUUCUUCAAGAGAAAGCAAACAUUAAAAAUCCC